AUGGAUUAUUAAUAUCUUGCCUUCAAAGAUUUUCCCUUUGAUUAGCUUCACAAAUAUGUUAAAGACUGGGAUAAUGUAUCAAGUAUUGAUGAUGUUGAAAUUUCCCUGCCGGGCGGAUUUACAGGUACUACAUUUGUUGGUAGAAAUAAGAGUCUUGAACUUGGAGAAAACAAUCCCAUAAUAAUUAAGCUUUAUGAUACAGAAAAGAGACCAGGACUUGACAAGGAGAAGCACUUCGCUCAGAUAUUGAUAGAAAAAUACUAUGAGAUAUCUUAACUUAAAAUAUUUGAGAUGAGAAACCCUCAUUACAUGCAAGAGAUUGUUAAAAAGUUAGUUGAAUUUGAGUACAAUCCAAAGUUGAAUGAGUUCUUAUUUAAUUACAAUAAUGGCAAGAAGUAGACAUUGCUUAUGGGAUUCAGAGACAAAUACUACCCCUAAUUCAAAGCAAGACUUGAAGGUUUAAUGACUCAAAGACAUGAAGAGGCUCAUUUACUAAAACUAAACUUUAUCAAGGAGAACUUUUAUGACAUAGAUAUGCAAUUAUACCUCGAUAAUCUCUUAAAGUAACAGGAAGAAGCAUAAGAAGAUAUUCUUGUAUCCCACUAUGAUGUUUAAUAGGGCAAUAUACUUAGCUUUGAUAAAGACACUGCAAAAAUUAUGGUAAUUGAUUAUGAAGAUCCUGCGUUUGCUCCUAAUUACAAUGAUCUUGGCAGUUUUCUAGGCUGUUUCAUGAAGGAUAACAAUCAUCCGGGAGAAUUCGGCAUAAAGUUUUACCCAGAAAAUAUGAUCACAGAAAGAGAGAUCAGGUUCUGUGCUGAGAAAUAUCUUAGUUACUAUCAUGAGACAAACUAUAAGGGUGAUUAGGAUUUGAAAACUUAUAUUGAGGAAAAACUAGAAUCCUACUAUGAAAAUGUAGUAUGCUCAAUGAUAUUUAUGAAUGUAUUUUAUGGAAUUUGGGCUAUAAUUAGAUUAAGAGAUGAAAUCAAGGGAACAUUUCUAGCGAUGGGUGAGUCUAGAGUAAUGUAGAACUAGUAUUUGAUGAAAUAAGAGUUCAUUAGAAAGGUUGUAGACAAAAGAUUAGCUUAAUAUCAAGAAUGA